GCAAUAUUCUAGGUAUGGCGUGUGCUGAGAAGUUCAGUAAUCAGCAGCUAGCUCUGCAUUGCACAUCUUUGAGUAGCACAGAUCACGCGCCUUGGCAUGGGGUCCUCUAAAAGUUGAGCAGCUGAAGCACACAUAAUUUAUUCAACUAUGUACUAUUGAGGGGUUCCAAUAGAGACGCCUUGCCUUCGGCGAUCGCCAGCUUCAUGCUGCUUUGACGUGUAAGACAAGCAGCAAGAGUCCAUGGCGGAGAUGCAUUCCAAUGACUGGCACUCCUGCUCCAAGCUGCUCUCGGUCAUGGUGUGCGUGCUCCUUGUCCACCUUAUCAUCCAGACCAACGGGCCUGGAAGACCCCAGGCGCAUCUAGUCACCAAGGGGCAGCCUCACAAACCUCCCCCAAUUUGUGAUGUGAGUUACAUCUCAGGGACUGUGAACGCUCUGAACAGCACCAGCACUCCGCUUGAGCUGUACCACACUGCAAAGAGGUGGUUGAGGCCCUGGAGCAGGCACCGGCAUGGCUCUUUCGGAAUCACAACAGAGCAGGUAGAGAGGCUUUUUGAGACAAUCAACAAAACCGAUGUAGGUGCUGUCCGUUUUGUGGUCCGAAAUGGCCGACCGAAAGCACUUCCUGUCCGCUUCCCUCGAAGCAUUCACUAUCAGUCUCGAGUCAGCUUUUGGCAGAGCCUCCUAGAGCGUUUAGCUUGGCGCUUUGGCUUGCCGGAAAACCUGGACGCUGUAUUCUGGACGGAGGAUCAGCCUCAAAUUGCUGCUGGUAUAAAUACGGUCUCCCUGGCGCCUUUAUUUGUCUCUGCAACCUUACCAGGUUUCUUCGAUGUACCCAUCCCAACCACAGAGUAUUACUCUAAGCUAGCAAAAAUGGAUCUACAUGAGGUAGUGGCAAAGAAGAGGUGGGAGGAACGCCAAGCAAGGGCAAUUUGGAGGGGUUCUCCAACUGGAGGUUGGUUUGCAUCAUACAACUGGUUUACUUACCCUCGAUCAAAGCUGGUAAAUGUUAGUUUACACAACCCUGAGAUCAUCGAUGCAAAGUUUCUCCCUUGCGCGUGGGGCCAGUGUGCGGACGACGUAUGGCCCUUGAUUCAAGAAGCAUUUCCGGAACACACAGAUGAUACGCACUUUACAAUGGAAGAUUACGUUCAAUACAAGUUCGUGAUUUCGAUCGAUGGCAAUGCGUGGAGUAGCCGCUUUGUUGACCUACUACGUACAGGCUGCGUUAUCUUCAAGGUAGCAUCCCCUUAUCUUGAGUACUUUGAUAGCUUCCUCAUUCCUUAUAGGCAUUACAUCCCCGUCGCAACGGACUCUUCCGAUUUGUUAGACAAAGUUCGUUGGGCCAUAGAUCAUGAUGAGGAGAUGAAGGCAAUCAGUAUUGCAGUGCAAGAGGUUUUUUAUCGGUCUAUCGGGAAUGGGGUUUGGGAAGAGUACGCUUCGUUGAUGUUGGAAGAGUAUUCCAAAUUGCUUCCACCCGAACCUUCGAACUACAUCCUAGAGAAGUACAGUGAGAGAUUCAGAUAUGAUACAGAAUUUUCCGAGCAUCUGCGUAGGCUUUGGGAGCACGAAUAGAAGAUGGUUCAAAGCAGAUAUUGAGUAUCAGUUACAGGCUCCUCGGAAUUUUGACUAUUUACUUGCCGUGUAUCAUGAACAAGAGGACUCUAACGGGAAGAGCUUUCAAAUCCGACUGGUGCAACGCAGCCAUGUGGACUCUCGAUUGAUUCAAGUUCGUGG